GAUCUUAUCAUUACUGUCAAGACUCAAACUGCAGUCAGUUUCUCAGUGUGUCCAGCUCAUGAACCUGCAGCACUUCACACAGGAAUCAUGGCAAAGAUGGUCGUGCAGCAACCUCAGCCUGUCGUAAUGGUGGCGCACUCCAAUCAGUGGAGCACAGGAAUCUGUGACUGCUGUCAAAAUGUACCAGAGUGUUGUUUCUCAUUCUGGUGUUUCCCCUGUUUUGCCUGCAUGACGGCAAAGAAAGCCGGCGAGUGUUUGUGUUUACCGAUGCUUGAUUUUUCCGGCUGCAUUCCCCCAAUAACCCUGGCCAUGAGGGCAACAAUGCGCCAACGCUAUGGCAUUGAGGGAUCGAUAUGCAAUGACUGUGUCUAUUCAUACUUUUGCUUUCCCUGCGUUUGGUGCCAGAUGUCACGAGAGAUGAAUCUCCGUAAUCCACCAGUCACUUUCAUUAUUUCUAACCCAAAGUGAAGACUCAAUGUCAUCGUAAUCACUAAUGAAUACUCCCUGUUAUAAAUGACAUCAUUUACAAAGUAAACUACUAGAGCGGUGGCUACAAUUAUCGACUGUCCAUAAUUAGACACCUUUUCAGAUUUACCAAUAAAAAAUAAUUUUACAAA